GACGGCGCGGCCGUAGGAGCUCGGCAUGCCCUCACUCGCCCCAGGCGGCCUCGGAGCCUCGUGCUCUUAGCCGAGCCGCAGCCUCGUCUUGACUCUGGACCCACGCCGGUGCUCCAUGGUGGUUGAGGGGCAGCGCUCUGCUGCGGCGCGGGGAGGCGGCGGAGGAAGAAGAGGAGGAGGAGGAGGAGGGGACGGAGGGGGGUAUGGCCGCCCAGGGAGACAGCUGCAGCGUCAAGGUGGCGGUGAGGAUUCGUCCUCAGAUGCCAAAGGAGAAAAUCGAAGGAUGUCAUAUUUGUACUUCAGUGACACCUGGAGAGCCCCAGGUACUCCUGGGAAAGGACAAAGCAUUUACCUACGACUUUGUCUUCGACUUGGAUACUUGGCAGGAACAGAUCUAUACCACCUGUGUGAACAAGCUCAUCGAGGGCUGCUUCGAGGGGUACAAUGCCACUGUGUUGGCAUAUGGCCAGACAGGUGCAGGUAAGACUUACACCAUGGGCACUGGCUUUGACAUGAGCAUUUCCGAGGACGAAAGUGGCAUAAUUCCAAGGGCCAUUGCCCACCUGUUCAGUGGCAUAGAGGAGCGCAAGCGGGCAGCGCAGGAACAGGGCGUGCCAGCACCAGAGUUCAAAGUCAGUGCGCAGUUCCUGGAGCUGUAUAAUGAGGAGAUCCUGGACCUCUUUGAUAGCACACGGGACCCUGAUUCCCGCCAUCGGAAGUCAAACAUUAAAAUUCACGAGGAUGCCAGUGGUGGGAUCUAUACCACAGGUGUCACAUCACGUCUCAUUGGCUCGCAGGACGAGUUGAUUCAGUGCCUGAAGCAGGGAGCUCUGUCCCGAACCACAGCCAGCACCCAGAUGAAUGUCCAGAGCUCCCGCUCCCACGCUAUCUUCACCAUCCACCUUUGCCAAAUGCGUGUCUGCUCCCCUGUACACUUGGUGAAUGGAGACACAAACAGUCUCCUGGAGGGAUCCCAGGCUACCAGUGAAUAUGAAACCCGAACAGCCAAAUUCCACUUCGUUGACCUGGCUGGCUCAGAGAGAUUGAAGCGGACUGGUGCAACAGGCGAGAGAGCCAAAGAAGGGAUCUCCAUAAACUGUGGCUUGCUAGCACUGGGGAACGUCAUCAGUGCCCUUGGGGAUCAGAGCAAGAGAGCCCUGCAUGUGCCCUACCGAGAUUCAAAGCUGACCCGGCUCCUCCAGGACUCCCUUGGUGGCAACAGCCAAACCAUAAUGAUUGCCUGUGUGAGCCCUUCAGACCGGGAUUUUAUGGAGACUCUGAAUACCUUGAAGUAUGCCAAUCGUGCUCGCAACAUCAAGAACAAAGUGGUAGUGAAUCAGGAUAAGACAAGCCAGCAGAUCAGCGCUCUGAGAGCUGAAAUUGCUCGUCUCCAGAUGGAGCUCAUGGAGUACAAGGCGGGCAAACGUGUCAUUGGAGAGGAUGGUUCCGAAGGCUACAGUGACCUAUUCCAAGAAAACACCAUGCUGCAAAAGGAAAACACCACUUUGCGUAUGCGGGUGAAGGCCAUGCAAGAGGCUAUUGAUGCAAUCAACAUCCGGGUUACUCACUUGAUGAGCCAGGAAGCCAACCUGAUUCUUGCCAAGGCAGGUGAUGGCAAUGAAGCUAUUGGUGCUUUGAUCCAGAACUACAUCAGAGAAAUUGAAGAACUCAGGACAAAACUUCUGGAGAGUGAAGCCAUGAAUGAGUCUCUGCGUCGCAGCCUGUCACGGGUUUCUUCCCGGCUUCCUUAUUCCCUGGGCUUGUCCCCAGGGCCUGGGUUGGGAACUUCUAAUAGCCCUACCAUCUCUGUGGAUGAAGAAACCUCUGAAAUCCUGCAGUGGGCCAAGCAAGAUGUCGAACGACUAAAGAAAGAGACUAAACUGCGAAGGAAAAGCCCAGAAAAAGAAGGGUUUAAGAAGAGGUUGAAGCUACAGCAGGGAAAUGAGGCAGAUGAGGCGGAUGAGAAUGAAGCGGAAGAGGAGGAACGGGAUGAGAGUGGCUGUGAGGAAGAAGGUGGCCAGGAAGAGGAAGAGGAGGAAGAUUCAGGAAGUGAAGAAAGCCUGGUAGAUUCUGACUCAGAUGUUGAAGAAAAAGCAGCAAAUUUCCAGGCUGACCUUGCUGACCUGACCUGUGAGAUUGAGAUCAAGCAGAAGCUAAUUGAUGAGCUGGAGAACAGCCAACGGCGUCUACAGACCCUGAAGCAUCAGUAUGAGGAGAAGCUCAUUCUGCUGCAGAACAAGAUCCGUGACACCCAGCUAGAAAGGGACAGGGUCCUGCAGAAUCUCAGUUCCAUGGAAUGCUACACAGAAGAGAAAGCCAACAAGAUUAAAGCAGAUUAUGAGAAACGUCUAAGGGAGAUGAACAGGGACCUACAAAAGUUGCAGGCAGCCCAGAAGGAACAUGCUCGUCUCCUCAAAAACCAGUCUCGAUAUGAGCGAGAGUUGAAGAAACUGCAUGCAGAAGUAGCAGAGAUGAAGAAAGCCAAGGUGGCACUGAUGAAACAAAUGCGUGAAGAACAGCAGAGGCGGAGACUGGCAGAGACCAAGAGGAACCGGGAGAUCGCCCAGCUAAAGAAGGAGCAGCGUAGGCAGGAGUUUCAGAUUCGAGCACUAGAAUCUCAAAAGCGACAGCAGGAGAUUGUACUGCGCAGGAAAACCCAAGAGGUCUCUGCUCUGCGCCGUCUGACCAAACCCAUGUCUGACCGGGUUGCUGGGAGGAUGAAUCAGAAGCAAGCCAUGGUAGACUCAGGUGCUGAGGUCUCCACCAGCACCACUUCCUCAGAGCCAGAAUCUGGUUCUCGUUCUGUCUCUAGCAUUGUACGACAGUGGAAUCGGAAAAUCAACACCUUUCUGGGAGACUCUCCUUCUUCUACUAAUGGGGCUCGAACCAUCAGGAAGAAAUUCCCAAAGAAAGGGACAAACCAAUCCUUCAGCAAGACAGCCCGCCUGAAGUGGCAGUCAUUGGAACGCCGUGUCUUUGACAUUGUCAUGCAGAGGAUGACUGUCAUUAAUUUGGAAUCAGACAUGGAGCGGCUCAUCAAGAAACGUGAGGAACUGUCACUGAUGCAGGAGACGCUGCUAGGGAAAAGGGAGAAGCUGCAGACGGAGAACCCUGAAGAACUGAAAGGCCUGCAGGAGCUGAAUGAAGAGAUUGAAGUGCUGGCAGCCAACAUUGACUACAUCAAUGACAGCAUCUCUGACUGCCAGGCCACCAUCAUGCAAAUCGAAGAGACCAAGGAAGAACUGGAUUCUACUGACACCUCUGUGGUGAUUAGCUCCUGCUCCUUGGCGGAAGCACGGCUGUUGCUGGACAAUUUCCUUAAGGCAUCCAUAGACAAGAGCCUGCAGGUAGCCCAGAAGGAAGCUCAGAUCCGUCUACUGGAAGGACGUCUGAGACAAACAGAUAUGACCGGCUCCUCCCAAAACCAUCACAUCCUGGAUGCCCUACGGGAGAAGGCAGAAUCCCACCCUGAGCUCCAGGCACUCAUCCACAAUGUGCAGCAAGAGAAUGGUUAUGCGAGCACAGAUGAAGAAGUCUCUGAAUUCAGCUUGGCUUCAGAAGGGAGCUUUUCCCAGUCUUUCUCCAUGAAGGGCUCUGCUAGUCAGGAUGACUUCAAGUUCAGGGGAGAGCCCAAGCUGUCUGGCCAGAUGAAAGCUGUGUCUGCAGAGUGCCUGGGACCCACCUUGGACAUCUCUACUAAGAACAUCACCAAGUCAUUGGCAUCCCUCAUGGAGAUCAAAGAGGAUGGGGUUGGCUUUUCCAUCCGUGAUCCUUACUACAAAGAGAAGGUCUCCCGCACCAUCAGUCUGCCCAUCCGGGGGAGCACAUUCCCUAGACAGUCCCGUGGUGCAGACACUUCACCUCUCACAAGGAGGAAGUCGUACGACCGGGGCCAACCUAUCAGGAACCCAGAUGUUGGAUUCACUCCUCCCUCAUCCCCUCCCAGCAGGCCGCGCAAUGACCGCAAUGUCUUCUCUCGCCUCACCAGCAACCAGAGCCAGGGUUCAGCACUAGACAAGUCUGAUGACAGUGACUCCUCUGUCUCGGAGGUGCUAAGGGGCAUCAUUAACCCUGUGGGAGGUUCCAGGAGUGCCCGAACAGCCCCACUGCAGUGCAUUGCUGUAGCAGAAGGACAUACCAAACCAGUCCUGUGCCUGGAUGCUACUGAUGAAUUGUUGUUCUCCGGAUCCAAAGAUCGGAGUUGUAAGAUGUGGAACUUGGUGACUGGCCAAGAAAUUGCAUCUUUGAAAGGGCAUCCAAACAAUGUAGUCUCCAUAAAGUACAGCAGCCACUCUGGUCUGGUCUUCACAGUUUCUACCUCUUACAUCAAAGUUUGGGACAUCCGGGAUUCUGCCAAAUGUAUCCGCACUCUCACCUCAUCAGGCCAGGUGAUUUCUGGGGAUGCCUGUGCUGGGACCACUACCCGUACCAUCACCAGUGUGCAAGGCGAGCACCAGAUCAACCAGAUUGCUCUUAACCCCACGGGCACCACACUUUAUGCAGCCACUGGCAAUUCUGUCCGCAUCUGGGAGCUGAACAGAUUGCAGCCCAUUGGGAAGUUGACAGGCCAUAUUGGACCUGUGAUGUGUCUCACAGUGAACAGGACUGCAAGUAACCAUGACCUUGUUGUCACAGGAUCAAAAGAUCACUAUGUCAAGAUGUUUGAGAUAGCAGAAGGUGUUGGUGGUAAUGUUGGCCCCACUCACAACUUCGAACCUCCGCAUUACGAUGGCAUUGAGUGCCUAGCUAUCCAGGGAGAUGUUCUCUUCAGUGGCUCCAGGGACAAUGGGGUCAAGAAGUGGGACUUGGAGCAGCAGGAGCUCAUCCAGCAAAUCCCAAAUGCACACAAGGACUGGGUUUGUGCUUUAGCCUUUGUGCCCAGCCGGCCCAUGCUGCUGAGCGCCUGCCGUGGUGGGACAGUGAAGGUCUGGAAUGUCGACAAUUUCACACCCGUUGGAGAGAUCAAGGGGCACGACAGUCCCAUCAAUGCCAUCUGUACCAAUUCCAAGCAUAUAUUCACAGCUUCCAGUGACUGGACAGUGAAGCUCUGGAGUGCAAGGAGGCUAUUGAGCGGCACAACCUAGAAGCUGUGAAAAGUGACCACAGUCGAGGUCGCAAGAAGAUCAAAGUGGUGCCCUUGUUGAGCCUGUCUGACAAAGACUAGGAAGUAGCAUCUGGCUUCUCGUAUACUCAGGGCUUCAGGAACAGUUGGCGUCCUGGCGUCUUGGUACCGGGUACACUGGCAAGUGUGUUGGCUAUAUGGUGCAAGGGAGUCUCCUUCCCUUUCCUGUUCCCAUGCUCAGCAUCCUUGUUUGGUAGGAUUUUGCGAUGAUACCGAAUUAUAAAAUGAAGCUGCGCCUGACACCAACAGCCAGUGAAGAAGGGCAAGUGGAGGCAUUUGUGAGCGUUUCCCCAAUCAGAAUCUCUUCGCCACCUUUCCUGGGGGAUGUGUGAUGAGCUCUGCAAAACAGGCAGUUUUUGGUGUUUCUGGACCAGUGGCUUAUCAAGAGGAAAGAGAAAAAAAGCAAGCUCUCAUGCUUUGCAUGAGGAAACUGCACCCACAAUUCCUACUGUCCAAGAGCUGCCUGUGUCCUGCUUAUGCCUUUAGGGCGACCAUGAAACUGACUCGAACAUGCCGUCUGCUUCCUGGAUGCAUUCCCUGCGUAGCUGAUCGUCACGUUUUAGAGGAUGUUUCUUGUUCUAGUUAGGUCUUUCAUGGGUGUCUGUGAAGUGCUGACAUUCUUUUUUCUUAUUUCCAUUAGCAAUGGACUGUGUUUAAAGGGAAGAAGCAGCAUGUGGGGAGCAAAAUGAGCCACCUUAAUUUGAGCACUUGUGUUUCUCUCAAUUUUCAUUCCAAAGUAGUCACUCAGAGGUUUUCAUUUUGAGACACCAGGUGGUCAUGAUGCUAGUUUUUGCACAUUAAAGAUCACAAAUAUCCCUGCAAUGACAAUAUAAAAAAGGAAAAAAAAUCUCGUUUUAAUGAGAACUGUUCAAUUGAGAUGUAAUUAUCAUGUGGCAUCAAGAUUUCUGUGAGUUUGGAAGAAUUACUGCUUUCAGUUUUCCGUUUUGGAUCAGAAAAUGUAAUGCUGGAUCCUUUCCCCCUAGUGCUAGAUAUCCAACAAAAAUAGACUUUAAGCUGGUGGAAUAUACUUUCGAUUCAACCUGAUGCAGCCUGGAAAAAUCCGCAUUUUUGUUUCAGCCUGUUCAACUGUUUACUUUGUCCUCUUCCAGCCACAGCAGAAUUUAUUGAAACUUCCUUCCAAUGGAGAAAGAUUUCUGUCUGGGAACAGAAAAUUGUGGGGAGUUCCCUUCAGCUUUCAAACAGGGUAGGAAACACUUGAACUAGCCAAAUGCAGGGGCGUGAUGGUAGAUUUUUGUAUUUUUGGGGUGACAAGACUCCCUUGAAAACAAUGAAUCUGCUUCUCUUAAUCUCACCCCUGGGAUCUCUUUUUGUUUAUACCUGUUUGAAAUGUACCUGUUCUGGCCUGUUUACAGUUAUUCUCCUUUAUUCUAAGAAACAAAUUGCAAGAGAGGCUUGGUUGUCCACUUCAAUCAACUUGAACUUUUGUUGGAUACUUUUCAACCCACUUGAGUUUGCCAGCGGACUCAGACCCUAAGCCCAUGGAGUUUCACUCUGUGAAAGAGAAACUUUCAUCUGUGCUAAACAUGGCAGAGCUAUCCAGAUCUUGCUGGAGUCUUUAUGCCUUGAAUGCUUCUGAACUCUUCAGUCGUGUUGUGUUCUUCCAACCAAGAUCAUCUCUCACUCAGCAGACUUGGGGAAAGCAGCACACCAGUGGGCAGAUUUCGUCAAGCAGGCUGAAAACAGCUGCCUCUCAGAUGCUUUAGAUCAUUCCAUAGCAGUGUCCCUAGUUGAUAGGAGUCUUCUGCUUCAAUAUACUGGGCUAAGUACAUGGGCUACUUUUGCCCAUGUACCCCAGCCUUCCCUGACCAGAUGCUCUCCAGAUGCAUUGGACUACAACUGGACAUUGCAGUCCCCUAACAUCCAGAUGGCACCAAGUAAGGGAAGGUUGAUAUACACACGCGAGAAUCCCUUUCCAUGUAGUGAAGCUGCGAGUUCCUCUGUAAGAGUAGGAAGUUGUACUGUAAUUCUCUAGGCUAUACGUAUUGUCUUGUGCAUUUUUUUUGUGGGGGGAGGGCAGAAAGGUAUGUGUGUGCACGUGCACAUGAGCGAGAGAUUUGGAGACUAAAGACUUGUUUUGGGUUAACCUACCUCAUGGUUCAAGGCAUUUGGCAUGUUUAGUUUUUUUGUUUUUUAUGUUAAUGAAACUUGAAUUGGUCUGGGGAACGCACAUUAUUACUAAUUUCCGAGCUUGAGCAAGGGUAGAAAGCAGCUGGGCUCUGUGCUUUGCCUUCACGGUUACUUGGUUAUGUUGAAGUCCAAGGCUUGUUCUGUGUCCACCAGCUGCGCCAUUUUAAUAAGCUUUUCUUAAUUGUUAAGGCUGGUAUUUAUUGAAUCGUGGUGUCUUUUGCCAUCUCCUGACUCAGCGUUCUGGACUGAGAUGGGAGAUGGCUGAGUCCUGGAAGAAGCACACUCUUCCACUGGUAAUGAAAUCAGCACAAUCCCCAUCUCCCCACUUGGCUACUCAAGCUAUCUUGUCUGGCUAUUUAGGGAAGCUUGUAGUCACCUGUGAAUGUUAGUUGCUGCAAAAAGCUAGGACUAGAUUGUGAAUUAGCUGCACACCGUUCACUUAAACCUUCCUACCUUUGUCCCUGUAGGAAGGUUGUGUAGAACAAAUAUGAGAUGUCCUGUAAAUUGAUACUUGAGAUACCUGAUCAUUUUGUCAGGGGGCGCUCUCUAUCUGUUAAAUUAUUGAGCACAUUUCCCAUAUAGUCCCAUGUGCCUCUGCUAUUUCUUAGCGCUAGGUAUGGGAUUAUAUUUUCUCAUAUUGAUGAAACCCCCACCCCUUUUUAUUUUGUAGUACUCCUGACCCCACGGUUGUGGUAGGAAGUGUGCACAUCUAGAACUGAAAUGUGGUGCAAUGUGGGGGAGUAAUUUUAUUGGAAUUGUUAAGUAUAAUUUGCCCUCCUGUAGUUGAAGCACAUAGUGAAAAUAAUUAAAAGUAACAAAAGCUGAAAAUCUCAUCUGUUUUUAAUGGCACCUUGGAGUGAAUGUGCACAUUCAUCAACUGGACACUCUAAUAAAGUUUAGAACUGGGUUGUAAUAAUCUGCUUAGUUCAGCACUGGGCAAUUUUCAGCCCUGGUGUCCCUGAAGGCAUAAUAUUUCAGUUGAGAGAGUGGUCUCCCGAUAGUAGGAUAAUUUAUACAUUUUCCCUUCAUUCCAAGAAGGGAAUUGCAGUGAAAACCCUAGUGCACAUAAUUAACCCACAACAUGGUCAUAUCCUCCAGCACUUGGUUUAUAUAUAAAAAACACAUUUUUUCAAAGAGCAGGUGCCUUUUCUUGUCCCAAAAGGUUUCUUUUACUAAAGACUGGUGUUUGUUUGGGGCUUCUAUGGGAGGCUGCAUCAUCUGGCAAACUGGUUGCAUGUGCACAAGAAUGUGUGUGUGUGUGGAUAAGCUGUGUAAUUUUUUUACCUCGGUGUAAAUAGUGUAAGUUAUUUAAGGUUCCUGAUGUACAUGGUUUUCCAAUGAAUGUGUUUGAUCUUCCACUUAAUAAAUAAACUUAUUAAAAUGAAA